CAAGAAGCUGAAGAUCACAGCAUAGCUGAUGAUGAAGAGUUUUCCACCGAUUCAGAGUAUUCCGGCGAAGACGCUGAGAUUCAAGCGGCUUAUAAGUUUGGCCUGCUCAAACCCGGUUUAAACAUCAUGAAGACGAAGCAGCUACCCGGUCCGCCGAUCAACAACGAGGAAGGUCUCCGAAAAAAGCUAUGUGAGUUCAAAAGCAAGAACCAGUGGUUGGAGCGUAUGGACGUUACCGUAGAUCGACCAGUCGAAUCCACUGAAGACGACCGUGAAAACGAUUUUCUUCGUGAAGUUAGCUUUGAAACGUUGACUGAUCUGUCACUGGGAACAUUAAUUUCGUUUGGCUGUAGUUGCGAACAAGCCAAAAGGACCGUCGCCGAGGGCAUAGCGAAGCUGCACGCCAUGAAGAUCCUGACCAAACGUCCAACCGACUACUUUGCAGAGAUGGCGAAAAGCGACGAGCACAUGCAACGGGUAACAGGCGAACAAACGAUCGAUUUUAUCAGAACUUCGCUAAUGAAACUUAAAACAGCUAAGGAGCGCUCAGAGGCUGCAAAACGAGUCAGGGAAGAAAAGCGCUUCGCCGUGCGUGUACAAAGGCAAGUUUUAAAGGCUCGUCAGGUGCAAAAGCGGACGCUAGCCGACGCGGUGAAGAAACAUCAGAAAGGUGAGCUUUCAGACGGGUCAGAAAUGAAUACCACAGCUUGGUAA